GCGUGCUGACCGGCAGCUCUGCUCGCGCGCUCGUCAUUGUUAUCGCGAGAGCAGGGACUACCGGUCCUCGCUACUUCCGCCCUUUCUUCGAAGCCUCGCGCGAUCUCGUGCCCUUACUUCCCGGGCGGCGUGCACAGUCUCGCGAGAGCAAUGCGUCCUGUGGCAGCGGGGCGGGGCGCCGGGAGGAGUCUCGCGAGAGCGGAGCCCGGCGCGGGGGCGGAGCGCGGGGCGCAGUCUCGCGAGAGCUGCCGGCCCGCCGGCGCCCCCCGGCCCGCUUCCUCUCGCUGACAUGGUCGCCGGCGAUGGACCCUCCCAGGACAGGAAGCCCUUACCAGCCCGCCAUUGAAGCUUUGGAAGGACACCCAGAGAAGAAGUUUUACAACGUGUCGAAGCUCGGAGGUGCCAAGUAUGACACUCUGCCUUACUCCAUCCGAGUGUUGUUUGAGUCCAGUGUCCGGAACUGCGAUGGCUUUUUAGUGAAAGAAACGGAUGCUAUGAACAUCUUGGACUGGAAAACAAAACAGAACUAUGUUGAAGUGCCCUUCUGUCCUGCCAGAGUUGUUCUUCAAGACUUCACGGGAAUUCCAGCAAUGGUGGAUUUUGCUGCCAUGAGGGAAGCUGUGAGAAAUGCUGGAGGAGAUCCGGUGAAAGUCAAUCCUGCCUGCCCAACUGAUCUCACUGUUGACCAUUCUCUGCAGAUUGAUUUCAGCAAAUGUGCAAUCCAGAACGCUCCCAACCCCGGUGGGGGUGAGCAGAAGCCGCUGGCCAGGCUGUCCCCGCUGAAGCCACCGCUGCGGAAGCCGCCCCCGUGCCGGGGCCACAGCGGCUGCCGGGGCUCGUGCGGGGCGGGGGAAGCCGGCCGCAGCUCAGGACCCUUCUCUGCGCAGAUCGAGAACACCCCCAUCCUCUGCCCCUUCCACCUGCAGCCGGUGCCUGAGCCUGAAACAGUAUUGAAAAAUCAAGAAAUGGAAUUUGGCAGAAAUAGAGAGAGGCUUCAAUUUUUUAAGUGGAGUUCAAAAGUUUUUGAGAAUGUUUCCAUAAUUCCACCUGAGACUGGAAUGGCGCACCAAGUGAACUUGGAAUAUUUGUCCCGAGUGGUUUUUGACGAUGUGAAAGAUUUCCUGCAUCCCGAUAGCGUGGUUGGCACAGACUCACACACAACCAUGGUAAAUGGCUUGGGUAUCUUGGGCUGGGGCGUCGGGGGCAUUGAGACGGAAGCGGUGAUGCUGGGAAUGCCGCUCACCCUCACCCUGCCCGAGGUGGUGGGCUGUGAGCUGACAGGCACAGUCAGCCCCUUUGCCACAUCUAUAGAUAUUGUUCUCAGCAUUACAAAGCAUCUUAGACAAGCUGAUGUCGCUGGAAAAUUUGUUGAGUUUUUUGGGAGUGGUGUUUCCCAACUGUCCAUAGCAGACCGAACCACAAUAGCAAAUAUGUGUCCUGAAUAUGGUGCUAUUCUGAGUUUUUUCCCUGUUGAUAAUGUGACAUUGAAGCACUUAAAGCAUGCAGGUUUUGAUAAGGCCAAGCUUGAAGUCACUGAAGCAUAUCUUAAAGCUGUGAAGUUAUUUAGAGAUUAUGAGAGUUCUUCCAGAGAGCCUGAGUAUUCUCAGGUAGUGCAAGUUAGUCUAAGUUCUAUAAUUCCGUAUGUCAGUGGCCCCAAGAGAUCCCAAGAUAGAGUGGCUGUUAAUAACAUGAAAAGUGACUUCCAAGCCUGCUUAAAUGAAAAGUCUGGUGUUAAAGGCUUUCAGAUUGCAGCUGAGAAGCAGAAUGACGUUGUGCCUGUUCAAUAUGAAGGAAAUGAAUACAAGCUGUCCCAUGGCUGCGUUGUCAUUGCUGCAGUCAUCAGCUGCACAAACAAUUGCAAUCCAUCUGUCAUGCUUGCUGCAGGACUCCUGGCCAAAAAAGCUGUUGAGGCUGGCCUCAUGGUGAAACCCUACAUCAGAACAAGUUUAUCACCUGGCAGUGGCAUGGUUACACAUUACCUCAGUUCCAGUGGAGUAUUGCCAUACCUCAGCAAGCUUGGGUUUGAGGUUGUUGGUUAUGGAUGUUCCACCUGUGUUGGGAACAUGGCCCCUUUGCCAGAAGCCAUCAGGAAUGCAAUCAAACAGGGUGAUAUCAUUGCCUGUGGGGUAUUGUCUGGCACAAAGAACUUUGAGGGCCGCCUGUGUGACUGUGUUCGUGCCAACUACCUGGCGUCCCCUCCGCUGGUCGUGGCCUACGCCAUCGCGGGCACUGUGCGGAUAGAUUUUGACAUGGAGCCUUUGGGCACUGGCUUUAACGGCAAAAGUAUUUACUUACGAGAUAUUUGGCCCACCCGACAAGAACUUCACACAGUGGAGGAAGAGUGUGUGAUAUCAUCCAUGUUUAAGGAAUUGAAAGAAAAGAUGGAGAAAGGAAACAAACGAUGGAAUUUACUGGAAGCACCAGAGUCAACUUUAUUUCCCUGGGAUUUAAAAUCUACUUAUAUUAGAUGUCCUUCCUUUUUUGAUAAACUUGCCAAAGAAGCAGUUCCACCACAAGCAGUUGAGAAUGCUCAUGUGUUGCUGUUCCUGGGGGACUCUGUCACCACGGAUCAUAUUUCCCCUGCUGGAAGCAUUGCGAGGAGCAGUGCUGCUGCCAAGUACCUGACCAGCAAAGGACUCACACCUCGUGAAUUCAACUCUUAUGGGGCUCGAAGAGGUAAUGAUGCUGUAAUGACAAGAGGUACCUUUGCAAAUAUCAAGCUUCUGAAUAAGUUCAUUGGAAAGCCAGCUCCUAAAACAGUUCACUUCCCAUCAGGACAAACGCUAGAUGUGUUUGAAGCAGCGGAGCUGUACCAGAAGGAAGGCAUUCCUGUAAUAAUUCUAGCAGGAAAGAAGUAUGGACUGGGUAGCUCAAGAGACUGGGCUGCAAAAGGGCCUUUUUUACUGGGUGUUAAAGCUGUCCUAGCUGAGAGCUAUGAGAAGGUUCAUAGGAGUCAGCUGAUUGGAAUUGGCAUCGCUCCACUUCAGUUUCGUCCUGGGGAAAAUCCAAGUACUUUGGGACUCACUGGCAGAGAGCAGUUUUCUAUAUUGUUCCCUCCAGACCUGUCACCCAGAAUGACUUUGGAUAUUAAGACAAGCACUGGAAAAGUAUUCAGCGUGAUUGCCUUGUUUGAAAACAAUAUGGAGAUAACUUUAUACAAGAAUGGUGGAAGUCUAAACUUUGUAGCUCGAAGAUUCUUAUAGUAGCUACUGACUCUCUGGGUACCCUGCAUAACUGCUAACUCAGCAAAUGCCUUGUGUGAGCCCAGGAAUCUGUACUGUGGAACUGCAAACAGUCCUAGUGUGCUCAAAGUUACUUCGUCCAUGGAUGUAAAAGAUUGUGAAUCAUUGUAACUGCAACAAGAUCCUUUCUGAUUUUAAAUAAUAUUCUAAUGGUGCUAUUAAACAUUGCUAAAAUCAACAUGUGUAUUGUGACAAGAGAGCUGUAAGUAUGGAGGGGAUGUUUUAUCAGACCAUUUUGUAAAUAAACUAUGCGAAAUUGAAACUGAUUGUGCUGAAGAUUAUUACGUAAGAAGAUUUUCUGCAGUUGUUUCCACUCAGUUUUUGGACCUGUAAAUCUGUGUACUGCUGUUUGUUGGUUUAAGAGUAGCAGAUGGCAUGGGAUCUUAAAGGCCAUACAGCUUUUUUUCUUUUUUUUUUUUUCCUCAUCCAGAGCUUAGAAAAGAUACUGAGUUCAAUUUCUUUGGGUUAUGGGUUGAAUAAAAUGCAGUCCACAUGAGGCCCAUGGUAUCCUGUAUCACAGAUGAUGAUUUCCUUACCUUUAUGGGAUUAUAUUUCAUCUGGAUCCAGAUUUAAACUGCUCAAACCGUUUAAUAUGUGAAAUACUGUGUUCUUAGAAAUAUGGGAAACAUUUCUGCAUUUAAAAACAUAUCUCCCAGUUUCAUUCAUGCAGGCUAAGCCAUGUUUCUUCAUACCCUUCAGUUGAAGUUUGUCACUUCUGCUUCAAGGGAUGCACUUUGUCGUUUGUGACAUCUGUUUUUAUUGUGCUCUCUGCAAUAUCAUCAGAUAAAGUACCUCCUAAAAUUGUUUUAACCUUUAAAAACCUUUUAAAACAUUUGCUAGGGCUGUUUAAAUUCCUCUGCUUUAAAUACAACCUAUGUCUAAUACGUUACACCUGUCAGAUGUUGAAGAGCCAGGAGGCCACAUUGCCUUUGAGUGCUUUCUUACCUGCUGGCAGCUCCCAGCUCUUACAGAGUGUCCCCUUCUGAGAAGGAGCCCAGAGCACUGGACAAACCUGUCUCACCACACUGCAGUAGCUGUGGCUGGAAUUGUCAGCCCACUGAGGGUAAAGCCCAAGUUCCAUAGCUCAUAUUGGCAGGAGAUGCAGAGUUGCUGCAGCUUGUGUUCCCACUUCACAGAGCUUUGGUUGUGUCUGAGCCAUGCGAAUGAGUCUGCAGCUCUAGCAGGCUCUACCUGUGCUCUCCUGUGUCUUGAAAAGCUUUGUAACUCCACUUAGUUUGUGUAGAGAUUGAUUUCUGCUGGAGAGCAAAACUGCAGAACUUGCCUAUAAAUUGUCAGGAUUUUGCUUUAAGGUUUUUUGUUGUUGACAAAUGUUGUCUUAAAUAUCAAACCAUUAAAGAGGACUAUAUUGGCUUUA